UUUGAGAAUGUAAAAUAAUUCAGCCAAUCACAGACAAGGAAAAUUCACUGAUAACAACUGAUAACUCAGUAAUUUUUCAGCUUAAGAAUGAAUUAUGAAUGAUUAUGAGUCAAAAUUCGUUUCAAAAUGGAAAAAUUUUAAAUAAAUUACCACCAGUAAGGCUGCAAAGAGUAACACUUUCAUUUCAUCUCAUGAAAUAACGUUUAAAACACAAAAUCACAGUUGAGUCAAUGAAAAUUUAUUCAUUAAUAUCAUUAUUCGGAUUUGUUUUCACAAUCAUUGCUCUCUCAACAGUACCCUUUGAUCUCAUCUCAUUCCUUUUCACAUUUAUUUUCACAAAACUUUCAAAUCUAAUUAUACUCAAAUUUCAAAUCAACGCAAAUGAGUUAAAUCAAACUCAGUUCAGUUCAACAUCCAACAUCAAAGAAACAGAAACUUCAAUCAAAAUCAAAUAAGUACUUGUUAAUUGGCUUUAAAAUAACUUGAGUUAUUUGACGGAACAUCCCUGAUGAAGAUGAACGGAUGAACACUCAACUGUUAGGAGAUAGUUUUUCAUUUUACAUUAUUUUCCAAUUUUCUUGUUGAAAUUAUUCCGUUGAUGAAUGGAUAUUUGAAUAAAAGAUGCGUUACGGUCAAGUUGUUAUUGGUCCCGCUGGAAGUGGCAAAUCCACCUAUUGCUCCACAAUAGCACAACACGCAGAAACAGCCCACAAAACGGUCAGUGUGGUGAAUUUAGACCCAGCAGCUGAAUAUUUCGGUUACUCUCCCUUGGUUGAUAUUCGAGAAUUGAUUCACAUCGAUGAUGUUAUGGAAGAAGAGGAAUUACGUUAUGGCCCUAAUGGAGGAUUGAUUUUUUGUUUGGAAUACUUACUGGAAAAUAUUGAAUGGUUACAAGAACAGCUCGGCGACGAUGAUGAUGAUUACAUUUUGUUUGAUUGUCCCGGUCAAAUUGAACUUUACACGCAUAUGAAUGUCUUUAAAAAACUGGUUGAGCAUUUGAAAAAUUGGAAUUUUAUGCUUUGUUCGGUGUUUCUGGUCGACUCUCAAUUUAUGGUUGAUGGUGCAAAAUUUAUUUCGGGCACCAUGUCUGCAUUAUCGGUGAUGGUAAAUUUGGAACUACCUCAUGUCAAUAUUUUAAGCAAAAUCGACCUAAUUAGUAAAUCUGCGAAGAAGCAAUUAGAGAAUUUCCUAGAACCAGAUCCACACGUUCUUCUGUCAGAAGUGAAUACUGGCUCGAAAUGGGGUGAGAAGUAUAUGAAAUUGACGGAAGCUAUUGGAAGGCUUAUAGAAGAUUUCAGUUUGGUCAGAUUUUACCCAUUAAAUAUUAAAGACGAAGAGAACAUCGGAGAUAUUUUCCUCACAGUCAAUUCAAUAAUUCAAUUCGGUGAAGAUGAAGAUGUUAAAGGAAAAGAUAUUGAUCUAUUUGAUGAUGUAGACGAACGAGAAGAUAGCUUUGGAUGAAGUGAUUUUCUCUUCGAUUUUUCAGUUUCAAAGGCUGUCAAUGUUAUUUUUCUGACGUAUUGUUUAUUACUAUUUUUUUUCUUUAAUAAAUUAAAUAUAAGUUUUUCUCUUGUUGUUUA